AUGAGUAGUUUACUAAGCAUCUUUUCCACACUAGUAAUAGCAGGAUUUGCCCUUGGAAAUUUUGCCAAUGUCUUCAUAAUACUGGUGAAUUGCAUUGACUGGGUCAAGAGGAAAAAGCUCUCAUCAGCUGAUUGGAUACUCACUACUCUGUUCAGCAAACAAGAAAUAAUUAUUGUCCAUAUUUUUGAGUUAAUAACCAACCAUUUUAACAUCUGGCUUGCUACUAUCCUCAGUAUAUUUUAUUUGCUCAAAAUAGCCAAUUUCUCCAACUUCAUUUUUUUUCACCUGAAGAAGAACAUUAACAAGGUAAUCCUAGGAGUUCUGCUGGGAAGUAUGGUGAUUUUGUUUUGUAUUAUUGUGAUAAAAAUGGAAGAUUCUAUGUGGGCAAGUGAAUAUGAAGGAAACAUGACUUUGAAGACCAACUGGAUAGGCGUGGCACACCUUACAAAUAUUCCAAUUCUUAUCAUAAUCAACUCUAUACCGUUUGCUACAGCACUGAUAUGUCUUCUGCUGUUAAUUUAUUCUCUGUAUAAGCAUGUCAGGAAGAUACAGGUCUAUAGCAGAGGAUUCCAAGACCCCAGCACCAAGGUCCACGUAAGAGCGAUGCAAGCUGUGGUCUCUUUUCUCUUGCUGUUUGCCAUUCAUUUUCUUUCUGCUACUGUAUCGGUUUGGAAUUUUAAUAAGUUGCAGAACAAAAUAUUCUUCUCUCUGCGCCUUGCUAUUGCAUUUUUCUUUCCUUCAAGUCAUUCAUUUCUACUGAUUUUGGUAAACAGGAGGCUUAGCCAGGCAUUUCUGUUAACGCUUUGGCAGGUCAUGUACAAGCUGAAAGAAUGGAUGCCUUUCACUCUGUAG